UGUAACUUGAAGGCUGAAACUGGCCCAUGUCGAGCUCUAGAUCCAAGAUAUCAUUAUAAUAGUCAGAAGAAGACUUGUCAGAAGUUUAACUAUGGUGGUUGUGCUGGGAAUAAAAAUAAUUUUAAAACAGAAGAAGAAUGUAUAAAUUUCUGU